CGGGCGAGCUCAGGUCCUGGACAGUCGGGUAGCAGGGGUGACGGUGACAGAAAUGGAGACCAGCAUGAACAGUCCAAGGAAGCCGCUCCUGCACCUGGAUGUAGCGGUGAAUGAAAAUGACCCCAGCAGUGGCAUCCUGGUGCUGCUGGGGAAGCUGAGGCCUCAGUGGAAGCCAGAGGACAUCAAAUUCAAGCUCUUUACCGAGGGCCUCACCAACCAGCUGCUGGGCUGCUACGUGGACCCGCCGCCUGGGGAAGUAGUCCUCGUGCGGAUCUACGGGAAGAAAACGGAGCUGUACGUGAACCGGGAGCGCGAGAUGGAGACUUUCCAGGUGCUCUAUGCGCACAACUGCGGCCCCCAGCUCUACUGUAGCUUCCAGAACGGCAUCUGCUAUGAGUUCAUCAGGGGGGAUGUGAUGGAUGAGCAGCUGCUCAGACAGCCCUGCAUAUACAGGCUGGUGGCACGGGAGAUGGCCAGGAUACACGCGAUCAGGCCUGAGAAAGAGCCAUCUGCACGGCCUGUCCUGUGGAAGAAGGUCUCCGAGCUCCUCUGCCUGGUGCAGGCAGUGCAGAGCGAGGUGCCGGCCUGCAGACAGUCCAGGCCGGCAUCAGAGGUGCCCCACUUUGACGUGCUGGCGAGGGAAGUCGAGGUGCUGAAGAAGCACCUCUCCGCAGUCAAGUCGCAGACCGUCCUCUGUCACAACGACCUCCUGAUCAAAAACAUCGUCUACAACGAGGCGGAAGGUUAUGUGCGAUUCAUCGACUAUGAGUACGCCGACUUCAACUACCAGGCGUACGACAUCGGCAACCAUUUCAACGAAUUUGCAGGUGUGAAUGAUGUCGAUUACAGCCUUUACCCGAGCCAAGAGUUGCAGAGGGACUGGCUCACCACCUACCUGCGGAGCUACAAGCAGUGCCUGGGCCUGGAGCCCAUCAUCUCCGACAAGGAGCUGCAAGAGCUCUAUGUGCAGGUCUGCAAGUUCUCCCUGGUCUCGCACUUCACAUGGGGUCUCUGGGCUCUUCUCCAGGACCACUAUUCCACAAUUGACUUUGACUUCCUGGGGUAUGCCAAGACGAGAUUCAAUUAUUACUUCAAAAAAAAGGGUGAUUACUUUGCCAUGAAACUUCCCUAAAGACCUGAGAAAAAACAAAACAAGUAACGUUGUGACUCUUUAGUAUCUUCAUUCAAAAGCGCAUGUAAAAAUGAACAGAAAUUUUCCAUCUAUCAUUGCCCACAUACUGCUUAUUUCUGACAUGACUUUUUAGUUAAGUUUUGAUUUCGUUUUUACUUUUAUUGAAUUCUGGAUUUCAACAAAUUCUUCAAGCAGCGAAGUUCCACAAAGUUUUACUUUAAAAACUGUUUUGGUGCACAGAAUCUCUUCUGCUCCUGAGAAAAACAUUAGAAACCAUAAGUUUUUUAUUUAAUUCCUUGGCUGAACUCCUCAGAUGUUUUUAUCCACAAUGAAACGCAAGAUAAACUUAUUUGGCAAAUUAGCAUGCUUUCCAAGCCAACAUCCCUUAAUUAUUUCCUUAUUUAACCAGGAAGUUUAAAGCCAUAAUAAUAAAGAUCUAUCAUAAAACCUUUAGAGUAAUUUUCAGGCAAAUGCAAACUUAAAACUAAAUGGAAAAAUAAAAAGCAUUGUAAUUUAGGUGGCUUUAAAA